AUGGGCAGCAUAACCACUCGCUUUUCGAAUCCGUUCCAGGAUGUCCCGGCGGCCAAAACAGAUGGUCUAUCAACCCUUCUUGCGCAGUUCCGAGCCGAUACAGACCCCAACAGAACUGAUCUUCUCGUUGGCGUGUACAAGACCAACGAAGGGAAAGCAUAUGUACUACCCAGUGUGAAAGAGGCGAAGGAAAGAAUAAACAAUGAUCCUGAAUGGCACCAUGAGUAUCGUCCAACAGCUUUAGGGUCCAGAAAUUAUAGAGAUCUGAGCGCGGAGUUAUUCUUUGGGCCCGGUCAUCGUCUAUUGCGAGAGAAGAGAAUAAUUUCGGGCCAAACACUUGGCGCAAGCGGUGGAUGCCAUGCCGGUGCAGUCUUGUUGAGAGAUCAUUACGGCCCGUGGAAACAGUCCGGGAAUCCAGAGAUCUUCCUACCAAGCGAGACCUGGCUCAACCACCCCUUCCUUUUCAAAACUGCAGGAAUUAAACCAACUUUUAUUCCCUAUUUUGACGCCAAGACAAACAAAUUCGACUUCACGGCCUUUACAGAAGCCAUCAAAUCGCUACCAGCUCAAUCUGUCAUCCUUUUGCAGGCGGGCGCCCAGAACCCAACUGGAUGUGAUCCAACGCUGGAUCAAUGGCAUGAACUGGCUUCAAUCUUCUCUCAGCGUGGCCAUUUGGCGUUUUUUGACGCUGCAUACCCUGGUUUCGCCUCGGGAGACAUCGACACAGACCUUGAAGGUGUUCGCCUUUUCGCCGAGCUGGAGAUUCCAUUUGUUUUUAUCUCAACAUAUGGAAAGUGCUUUGGACUUUACAGCGAACGCGUUGGUCUCAUCUCGAUCCUUGCUCCAAACGAGGAAGUCGGAAAGAGAAUAGAAGUUCAGAUGAGUCUGCUCGCGCGGGCAGAGUCUGGCGCACCGCCUGACUUUGGGGCCACAAUUGUUGAAACUGUCUUGUCGGACGAAAAUUUGAAGCACCAGUGGCGGCAGGAGGUACGUGAUAUGGCUAACGCACUAAAGAGCCGUCGAGUCGCGCUCAGAGAAGGAUUGGAGAAAUUGGAAACCCCAGGUGACUGGCAGCAUAUCACUGACCAGAACGGAAUGUUCUCGUAUGUCGGUCUAUCUGUGGAGCAAGUCACUCUCCUACGUGAGAAGUACCAUGUUUAUUUGCAGGAUUCUGGGAGAAUUUCUAUCGCUGGGCUCAACAAAUUCAACAUCGAACAUACUGCUAGCAGCAUUAGCGCCGUGGUGAAGGCAACAACUCCAAAUUAA